CGGAGUUCCAGCUUUUAACUGUCACAUUUCGAAGCAUUACUCGUCAAAUUUCCCAUCAUGGCAUCUGAUGCGGUGUUCGUACUGCCAGGCGAUAUCAUUGAUCCGUCUCUUAUUCCUUCACAUCCUAAGAAGCCUCUGCGGCUCGGUCCUGGCCUACGACAUGUGCCUCCCAACGACAUCGUUCCCACAGUCGCUGGCCAACUUGUAACUGAUCGGCAAAAGAAUGCAAUUCGUGUAGAGAAUGCUCGAGGAAAGUAUACCCCUCGCGUCGGUGAGCUCGUCAUCGGGACCGUCCAGCGCAGCGCCGCCGACUUAUUCUAUGUUACUCUCUCCGACUAUACCGCGCCUGCUCUUCUACCACAACUUUCUUUCGAAGGCGCCACGAAGAAGACCCGUCCUCAGCUUACCGCGGGUGCACUGGUGUACGCACGGAUUGCUCUCGCCAACCGCCACAUGGACCCAGAGAUCGAAUGCGUAUCUUCUUCAACAGGAAAAUCCGAGGGUCUGGGCCCUUUAACAGGCGGAAUGCUCUACACCGUGUCACUUGGGAUGGCUCGACGUCUGAUGAUGCCCAAGAGUGUGCAAGAAGGCCAGGUUGUGGUGCUGGAAGAGCUCGGCAACGCGGGCCUUCAAUUUGAGACAGCUACAGGACGCAAUGGCAAGUUCUGGGUUGACAGUGAAAAUGUGAAAACGGUCAUCGCUGUUGGGAGGGCAGUACUGGAGACUGAUGAGAAGAGAUUAGAUGUCGAAGAACAGAAGAAGCUUGUCAGGAAAAUCAUCAAAGACCUAAGCUGAAUGGAGCGAGCAUGUGCCGG